CGUUAUUGUUCAUACCGGUAGUCUGUGUGGACCACAUUGGAAAAUAGUAAGUGCGUGCAUCUCGUGCCCAACGUGGUUACAAUAAAAGACUCUUUAAUAGAUGUUCGACGCGCCUUUAUAGUAAAAGAGACGGAUAUCACAGCAGUUGCUGACAUUAUGAGCAAAACGCCUCCUAACAGACGAGGAAUUAAGUUUAAGGUGGGCGCUGCUCUUGAAGCACGGGACAGUCUGAAGAACUGGUAUGUUGCCAACAUUGAGAAGAUUGACUACGAGAACGAGAAGAUCUUAAUCCACUACCGCCAGUGGAGCCAUCGCUACGAUGAGUGGUUUGACUGGGCCAGUCCUUAUCUGAGACCCAUGGAGAGGGUUCAGCUGAGAAGAGAGGGACGGCAGGAAGACAGCUUUAUCCCUGGAUUUCAUGUGAAUGACAAAGUUCUUGCCAGUUGGUCCGAUUGUCGAUUUUAUCCUGCAAAAGUCUUGGCCGUUAAUAAAGAUGCAUCCUACACUGUUAAGUUCUAUGAUGGUGUUAUCCAAACAGUCAAAGGAAUCCAUGUGAAGCCCUUCACCAAAGAGAGAAGAAAGAAACUUACUGCUAAAAAUGAAGAGAAGACCAUAAUAAAAAAGUCAGAAAGGGACAAGAAAAUGCAGGAAGAGGAUGAAGUCAAUGGCAGUAAACAAGCAGCAGGGCAAACUGACCGUGUUCCUGAGGAAGAGGUGAAUGAGAUCUCAGAUUUGGAUGGAGAAGAAGGUGAACAGAAGAAAAGCAAUGGGAAUGGGACAUGCCUUAAAGUGGAAGAUAUAAGCAUGAAGGAGGAAUAUGAGGAGAGGUGCAUGGAGCAAUUAGGGCAGCACAAUUACAGUAAGUCAUUUCUGAAGAAGGUCUCAGGACCUGAGGAGAAAGAAGAGGAAGCCGCAGAGAAUAUGGAGAACUCUGUGGUGUUUGGCAUGGGUAUGAACUUCAAUGAGGGCAUGGUAAAGAGAAAUGAGACAGAGGAAGCGGAAGUUCACAUGGAACAAAAAGAGGAGGAAAUCAAAGCAAAGUGUGUUCCUCAUGACAGAAAGUCACGGAGGCAGCGCAUAAGAAGGAAGAGGAGACUUUCAAUGGCACGAAGGGUAUCCAAAAAAACCAAGACUGAUUCAGAAAAAAGUUUCCAUAAUGAUUGCAAGCCCACAUUUGCAUCCACCGAUCAAGGAAAAGGAUCAGACCCCUUACAUCUAACACAAUCAUCCAAUGAAACAGCAGUAUGCCAAUCAGAAACCUUUAAGCCUACUGCAGUCAGAAAACAAGCUUUCCACAACCCCAACCGAUUCAGCAGAGAACCAUUAUACAGAGUCAUCAGAAACCAGCCUCCACCGGUGCUCUCUAUCAACUUGGACCAUAAUCCAUAUAAAUGCAGCGCUCCUGGCUGUUCAAAGUCUUUUCGCAAAGCAAAACUCUUGCACUAUCAUAUGAAGUACUACCAUGGAGAUGAUCGUCUGAUGGAACUGGACCAGACCAAGGCAACGGACAAACAAACCACACUUAAAAAUCAGGGUAGCCCUAAGAAGAGGUUCAUUCCAUCGCAUGAGUUUGGGCAGAUGACUGUGAAGAGACGCUCUCUAGUGUCCCCUGUUGUCAGUACACAGAAUUACCAACAGUGGACCUCACUGAAGAAGAAGACCAGAGACGAUCAGCUAGACUGCAACAUGCAUAGAUACUUCAACAAGGAAAGAGACAAGAGGUUUAUGGAAAUGGAAGCUGUGAAGGAACAUGACAGGCUAAAAGAAAAACAGACUAGAAACUUCCUGCGAAUAAAGUUGAAGGAAAAGAAAAAGAUGAGAAAAAACACAUCAGAUGAGGAUAGCAUUUCUGACUGGUCCUCUGACAGCUGUGGAUGGAGUGAAGAUGAAAUGGGGGCAGAUUUGGACAUCAUUGCCUCACCUCUCAGCUGUAGCUCUCUUCCCUCAACUACAGGAAGUCAGGAAACUGUCCGCUGUGUGUGUGAAGUGGAAGAGGAAAAUGACUUCAUGUUACAGUGUGAAGAGUGUCUAUACUGGCAGCAUGGAACCUGUAUGGGCCUCCUGGAAGAGAACGUUCCAGAACGAUACGCUUGCUUCAUUUGCCGGGAUUCUCCAGGGCAGAUCAGAGGUCAGAGACAGAGCCUGCGGUACUGGUAUGACAGGGACUGGCUUAGCACCGGCCACAUGUUUGGCCUCUCUUUCCUGGAGAACUACUCCCAUCAGAAUGGCAAGAAGAUUGCAGCCACACAUCAGCUGUUAGGGGACGUUCAGCAUGUGGUGGAAGUCAUCAAUGGCCUGCAGCUCAAAAUCAGCAUGCUACAGAGCCAAAGUCACCCAGACCUCAAGUUGUGGCAGCAGCCAUGGAAGUUGACUGAGAAAACCAGGAUGAAAAGCAUUGCUCUUCCGGACACAAAAACAGUUUCUGCAUCAGCAUCCUUAGAAACCAUUCAAUGUAAAGAGCCCUUGACUUCAUCCUUCCCGGACUACAUUAGCAGUGAGCAUUGCUACCAAAAGCCACUAACCCUGUACCAGGUAUUGGAGCCGAGGCUGGUGCUGAAGACUCGUGUGGAGUCAGUGCUGGAAGACAGAUUGCAUAACACUGAGGCAGUGCUGAAGAAUGAACAACACUAUAAUGGAGAGAUCCAACCAGCACUACUGAAGACAUCUAGUCCUCAGAUUUUAAACCACAGCAAGGAUGCAGGAGAGAAGUGUGAGGCGGGUGCUGAUGGAGGCGGGGUUAAGGGCGGAGCUCAGCAGCAGUGGAGGAUCAACCUGCUGGAGCAUAUCGAGACCGUACAAGAAGAGGUUACUCACAGGAUGGACUUCAUCGAAAGGGAACUUGAUGUGCUUGAAAACUGGCUGGACUGCACAGGUGAGCUGGAACCACCAGAGCCAUUAGACCGUCUGCCUGAACUCAAGCACAGCAUCAAACAGCUGCUGAAUGAAAUGGGAAAGGUGCAGCAGAUCGCUCUGACUUGUGCCACAUGAGGGCACCAGUGCAUAUUUCACUACCAUCACAGCACUACCUCUGCUUGAUACAUUCCUAGACCAGGCCACGAACCAAAUAGCCUAAAGAAUAAACUGAGAACAUGUGAAACUGAACAUGCUGUUAUUCAGACUGUGGAUGUGGAAUUAAGACUGAAUUUUACAAAACUUUAUCACCUCACUUAUCCUUUUCACAACAAAUGUAAUCUACUUUUCAUCCUUUCUGUUUCACCAAAAUACAUUGCUAAAACAUUUACAAGACAUUUCUUUGUGAUUUAACAAUGCACAGCAUACACCAACCUCUAAUAUUUCCACACUAAGUGAUAAGGAAAUUUAACAUGGAAAUACCAGAAAACAUAUUUUUUCUUUUUACAGAUAUUUUUGGUUAUUUAGAGUUAUGUUUAAGCUAAAAGCCUACUUGAAGAGUCAAAACUGGAUCCAUCCUGUGUUCAAUAAAAGGCUGGUAAUCCUGAAAGGGGACAUUGGAUGCCCAUUUUACACAAGUUUGUAUGAUUCUUUAGGGUCUUUUUGAAAUGUCGGUAACACACUUUGGUUCAAAUUCCUCAAUCGUUGUGUAAAACAACACUGUUUUUUCCUUGUCCAAAACAUUUGCCGACACAGACCCGUUACAGUGUAUGGCUCAUCAAAUAAUAGCAAGCUGAAAAUUAAAACUGGCUUGGUGUUUCUUUUCAAUUUUUCUGAUCUUGCAGACUUGCCACAAACCAAACUAAACAAAAAAAUAAAUUGUCAUCCGAUGUCCCCUUUAACCUCUAUUUAAGAGCUUGGGUUUGAAGUAAAAUACACGCAAUGAUACAGUUUUUUGUGUUUUACAUUGUAGUUAAAGGAUCAAAUUUUUUAAAUGUUAAAAUGUUUCUUGAAUAUUGCAUAUUUAUUCCUGAACGACUGUGAAUAUAAUUACUGUAAUCAUCAGUAGUCUGCUAUUCCCUUAACCUUUAUGAAGCAAAUGUGAUUAGUGUCAACACUUCCUCAUGGAUUAGCCAUUAAAUCUUAGAUUAUUUACAAACAUCUGACCCACAAUGACUGUUUGUCUGAAAGCAAAAACUUUAAUUCUGAGCUUGGAAAUAUGGACUUUUUUUUAUUCCGAAUGCAUUUCAGUAUUGAAAUUCUAAUUGCUCAAUAAAAUAUUAAAUAUAUGCAUAUGGCUAUUAUCUUGAUUAGCAUUUAAUAAAUAUAUUCAAAUUAUGUAAUUAUGUAUACAAAUAAUGUCUUUCCAAAGCGGUAUGUAUGUAAAACAGUAUUCCCUCUUUAUAUUGCAUUAUGAUGGAGACUGGCUUGUUACAAUAAAAGCAAAUUUAUGGCCUACUGUAUACAA